AUGUUUUUGCUGACGUCACAAAGAAUUCCCAAAUUAAAAUCAAAUCUUUCACAACGAAUAACAGAUUCAUCAUCAUCUACAACAAAUUUGAAUUAUUCUAGUGUGCAAGAAUCUCCAGCACUAUCAAAAAAGUUCAUAACAAAAUCAUCCGCAUCUAGUUCAGCUAUUGUAGAUGACGAAACGUUGACUGUUUCAGCAACAUCAUUUCUCGUUAAAAAAUUUGGUGAAAACGGAAAAGGCAUUGGAAAAUUUUCGAAUCCUCAGGAUGUCUGUUUUUAUGAUAAUGAGACAUUAAUUGUGUCAGACAGUAUUAAUCAAAGUGUACAGUUAUUCGAUAUUUUGUCUGGUAACGUAAAAUCGAUUCUUUUUGAUAAGAAAAAACCCAUUCGAGAUCUUCGACGACCAAUUGGACUAUCUAUAACUCCACAGAAACAUAUUUUGGUUGCUGAUUAUGAUCAACGGUGCAUUGGUGAAUUACAUAGCGAUAGUCGAUUUAUUCGAAAAUUCGGAGAACAACAUUUAGUCGGACCAAAAGGUGUUACUUGUUCAAUAUCGGACAUGAUUGCUGUCGUCGAUAAUAAAGCGAAUUCUAUAUGUUUAUUUCAUUCAGAUGGUAAAUUUUCGCAUCGUUUUGGAAGUCCUGGAGCGCAAAAACACCAAAUUGCUGGACCACACUAUGCGGCAUUUGAUUCAAAAAAUAAUAAUAUAAUUGUUAGUUAUUUUCAUAAUAGUUCGAUUAAAAUAUUUGAUAUCGCUAGUGGACAACUUUUAUUCACAUUUGGUUCUAACGGUAAUAGACACGGAGAAUUUCAAGGUCCAACUGGACUUACAGUUGAUAAUGAGAAAGACAUGAUAUUUGUAUCUGACUGGGGUAACAAUAGAGUACAGGUGUUUGAUAAAAAUGGUUUAUUUAUUCGUAUAUUACAGCCAAAAGAUGAGCCUUUGUAUGGACCGCAAGGACUUGAUUUUAAUUCGUCUUCUCAAAUGCUUGCAGUAGCUGAUUCAGGAACACAUACGGCGAAAUUAUUUUCUGUCAAAGACUUAUUGGCCACAGAAACCUCAGAGUGA